AUGAUUUCAGAAAGUAUUCUCUCAAAAGAAUUAAUAGAAGUAUAGUCAACCUUAAGGCCAUAAAACUUAUUUAAUAUUUAGAACAGAAGUGAAUACUGUGGGUAACAUAGUGGUAUGAUGUGUAAUAAUAAAAAUAAAAGAAUAUGAAUUAGAAUUUAAAAAUUGGGAUUCUGUAACGAAUAGAAAGAUAAAAACUAAGAUUCAAAUAAUAUCAACUAAAGAGAAUAUGAUUAAGUAUACUUUAGAUGGAUAAAUUCUUAGAAUGUAAUUUACUUCAAUUAAAAAUAAGAGAUUAAGGAAGAGAUCUCCCUCUAAGAAAUUAAGUUUGGAAUAAUUUUGAAUAAAUAAAAUAUCUUGCAUGGUUUGAAGAAAUCGGAAAGAGCAAUUAGAAAAGUAGCAAAUGGAUCGCUAUCUGGAAAGGAGAAGUUCUUAGUAAUGUUGGUGGAUACAUUGAGAAUAAUUUAAAGCAAGGUUUAUGGAAUCAAUUAAUUGAUAAUUAUUGGAGGUAAUUAUUUAUCAGCAUUAUUAUAGUCAAGCUUAAGUAUUUCAAUCUGGAGAAUACUGUAAUAAUUAUAAGAUUGGAACUUGGAAAUACAUUUAUAAUUAAAAAAUAAUGUAUUAUAAUUGAAUAACAACUAGUGGUGGAGGAUAAUUUAAUUAGUUUGGGUAGAAAAAUGGAAAAUGGAUAGAGCUGUGUAAAGGGUUUUAUCAUUAUUCCUAAGUCACAUAUAGUGGUGAAUAUAAAAAUGGUAAUAAAAUUGGGAGGUGGGAUAUCUGGCAUCAUCAUCAUAGAUAUCAUGAAGAUUUUGGGAAUAAAUAAAUGUAAAUAUUUAAAACUAAAUGUUCAGUGGUGGUGGAUUUUAUAAUGUAGCUGAAAUAGGUUCAAUUAAAAAUGGAUGGUGGAUUGAGAUAAGUGAUGGAUUUGAUGAUUUCUAGGUCACAUAUCAUGGCUAAUAUAAAAAUGGUAACAAAAUUGGCAAAUGGGAUAUUCUGUAUCAUAGAGAUGAUUAAGAAUAAAGGAGUGAAUAAAUGUAACUAUGUGAACACCAAAUAUUAGUGGUGGUGGAUUUUAUGAAGAGGUUGGAGAAAGUUCAAUUAAAAAUGGGAGAUGGAUUGAGAUAAGCGAAGGAUUUAAUAAUGAUUCCGAGGUCACAUAUAAUGGUGAAUACAAAAAUGGAUAAAAAAUUGGCAGAUGGGAUAUUUAUUUUAGAGAUUAAGAAUCAGAACAAUUUUAAUAGAUGUAAAUAUUAAUAAUACAUUUUAUAGAGGCGGUGGAUCAUAUGGAGAUUAGAUAGAGGGAUAUUCUGUUAAGAUAGGGAGAUGGAUUGAAUUGAGUGAUGGAUUCUGGAUUCACUCAUAAAUUACAUAUGAAGGUGAUUAUUAAAAUGGUGAAAAAAUUGGGAGAUGGAAUACUUAUUGGAAUUAUGAAGGAAAUAAUUCACAGUUGUAAUACUUAUAUGAUAUUAAUUUAAUAUAGAGGUGGUGGAUAUUAUAGAGAAGGGAUAGGAAGUGAUUGCACUAAAAAUGGGAUUUGGAUUGAACUGAGUGAUAGAUUUUGGUGCCAUCGUUAAGUAAUCUUUAAAGGGGUAUAUAAAAAUGGUAAAAAAAUUGGAAAAUGGGAAACCUAUUAUAAAGAAAAAGAGUAAGAAGAAUAUAAAUAAAUGUAAUUUAUGAAUCAAACUUUAGAGGAGGUGGAUCAUAUUAAGAUUAAAUUGAAGGAAAUUCAAUUAAGAUUGGAAAAUGGACUGAUUUGAGUGAUGAGUUUUAUAAUUAAUCAGAAGUUUCUUAUAGAGGUGAAUAUAAAAAUGGUUAAAGAAUAGGAAAAUGGGAUAUUUGUUUUAAGAAAAAAAAUUAGGUAAAAUUGUAAUAUAUGUAAAUAAUUAAUAAAAUUAAUAAGUGGAGGAGGAUCAUAUAUUGAGUAGACAGAAGGAGUUUCAAGCAAGAUUGGAAGAUGGAUUGAGUUAAAUGAUGAGUUUGUAAAUUUUUACUAGAUCAGCUAUUUUGGUUAAUAUAUAAAAAAUGGUCAAAAAUUUGGAAAAUGGGAUAUUUUUUAUAGGGAGAAUUACCAGGAAGAAUUAUUAUAGAUGUAAAUACAAGAAUAAAAUUUAUUAGCGGAGGUGGAUCAUAUGAUAUAUGGAUAGGAGGAAGUUCAAUUAAAGUAGGGAUGUGGAUUGAACUAAAUGAUAGAUUUAAAUGGGAUUUGCAAGUGAUAGAAAAAGGUGAAUAUAAGAAUGGUAAAAAAUUUGGUAGAUGGGAUACUUUUUUUAGGCUAUUAUGGUAAUAAGAAUUUAAUUAGAUGUAAAAAUAAAUAAAUAAUAAAAUAUAAGAGGUGGCGGUUCAUAUUAUGAUUCAGCAAAAAAUGGUUCGAUUAAAAUUGGGAAAUGGAUUGAAUUAAGUGAUAGGUUUGCUAGCUAUUUUUAAGUCAUAUGUAGAGGAGAGUAUACUCAUGGGAGAAAAGUUGGUAUAUGGGUUGAAGAGGAAUGGAAGCGUAAAUGGCUAAUAGAGGAAAUAAAAUAUGAUUACCAAUAAUGA